CUUCUGACGCGCCGGAGGAUGUGGGCAGGAAACGCCGCGCGAGAGGAGAGGGAGGCGAUCACGCUUCCCCGCGCCGUCGCACUAUACGGUUCGAUCAACAUGUACUCGGAUUCCCCCCGCUGAUGCGCGGGCGCGGCCAUUCUGCUGCUCGGAUCUGCGCUGCGCGGCCGUCGCACGGCGGGCGAGGGGGGACUCGGCGGCGCGGCGUUUGACUCCUAUCCGAGCCAGAGGACAGCCUCCCCCGGGCCGCUGCGUCGGGAAACGUCGGGGCUGGUCGGCGGGUGGGAGCAGGCUUCGUAGCUAGAAAAAAAAAAAAAGAAAGGGAGGUGUCUCCCCCCCCCCACCUCCACCACCAGCCCUCCAACCCCGCGAGCCAUGAGGGAGUACAAAGUGGUUGUUUUGGGGUCGGGUGGAGUCGGGAAAUCUGCGCUCACGGUCCAGUUCGUGACGGGCUCCUUCAUCGAGAAGUACGACCCCACGAUCGAGGAUUUCUACCGGAAGGAGAUCGAGGUGGACUCGUCCCCGUCCGUGCUGGAGAUCCUGGACACGGCGGGCACCGAGCAGUUCGCCUCCAUGCGAGACCUGUACAUCAAGAACGGCCAGGGCUUCAUCCUGGUCUACAGCCUGGUGAACCAGCAGAGCUUCCAGGACAUCAAGCCCAUGAGAGACCAGAUCAUCCGGGUGAAGAGGUACGAGAGGGUGCCCAUGAUCCUGGUGGGAAACAAGGUGGACCUGGAGGGGGAGCGAGAGGUGUCCUCCGGGGAAGGCAAGGCGCUGGCGCAGGACUGGAGCUGCCCGUUCAUCGAGACUUCGGCCAAGAAUAAAGGCUCAGUCGACGAACUGUUUGCAGAAAUAGUCAGGCAGAUGAACUACUCCAGUGUUCCCAGUGGGGGAAACCAGUGCUGCUCAUGUGUCCUGCUCUAAAAGAAGGAAAAAGUGUGUGGGGGGGAAACGUAUACAGACACAAGUGCAUCCGUGCUGAAUUUGAGCUUCUAAUUUUUCCAGCAGGCGUUUUGCAAAUCUGUUCUCUCUCCUCACACGUGAUGUUUUAUUGUUGCACACAAAUCGACAAAGACAACUUUCGAUUAUGUAUUAUAGUCUGGAAAAGUGUUUACAUGACAAGUACUUGAAUGUUUUGGGAUUUUUUUCUUUUUUUUAUAGCUUUGUAUAUGACACUUCUCUGGAAAUGUGCCUCAAUGGGAAUGUCUUAUUGUGAAACCUAAGAGACACUUAUUCAAAUUGUUUGUGUGGUUUUAUUUGUUGAUUUGUACUGUUCGGACCCCCUGCCUGGGGGUGGGGGGUGGUGGUGUUGGUGGAGUUACAUCAAGAGUCACUUUGGAUUCGUCUACUUUUCUUUCUUUCUUUUUGCCUGAGAGCAGCAGUGCCCAAACCCGCUUAAAAUAGCUCUUAAAGGCAUCAAUCACCACUCGAGCCUUGCACAGGUUACUCCAACAAAGAUCCCCUCAAUUUAUUUACCCCCAAAAAGUUCAGGCGUGAUCCAAGAAGCGCCGAUCGCCACCCACUAAGAUACUGUAUUUAAACCUGUUGAUUGUGGUUGAGUUGUGUUAGGACUUUGUAUUCUAGUUUUUAUCCCUCCCCUUUGCCGGUGUGCUGAAAGUUGAUUCUUCAUGGAACUUGCACUUAGCUGACGGUGUCCCUCCUCAGCGUGCACAAACAAGGACCGCCGUGCAUUGCUGCCGCUGCAUGGGGGAACGCGUGGACCCAUGUCAAGUGCCUUCCCAACAAAACGCCUGUGACUGUGCCAACGGAUGAGCCCCUCCUUCUCCUUCUCCUUCUUCUUCUUCUUCUGCAGUGCGUCUUGAUGGCAAUCAGAACUUUUUAGCAGGUUUCAGUGAACAACCUACGUUUAGUUUUUUUGGUGUCAAAGUGGAGCGAACCCAUUUCCACGCGCCUGUCAGGAGGCCGAGCUCGUGUCCGACCUGCUGUCUCAGGGUCGGGUUCGGGCCGUUUCUCGAGGUACUGGUCCAACGAGAAAAGCAGAGUGUCUUUAACCCACUAGUGUUACGUUUCAGUGAAAGGCAAGCCAUGUUUGUCCGUAGUAUCUAGCUUGUUUGGUUAUUUUUCUUUCUUUUCUUAAAAGUGUUACUUACGGUAAUUGUUAAAUCUCCCUUCGGAAAAACAAUCUUCUGCCAUCCACCUGUCAGUUUGAAGGACUUGUAAUACAAAAAGCAUUUUACGUAACGCUGUGUACUGUGCUCGUCUCUGCUUGUGACAUAAAGAGUCUUCAUUUUGGGGUGCUUUGAAUGUGAUUCUCCCACGAAUGGAUUAGUCAACAAAAGCGUUCAUUGACAGUUACUUAAUAGUUUAUUUUCUAUUUCCAGCUUCACCACUGUGAAGAUUUGGGACUCUGUUUGUCCCCUUCAGCCUAUGUUCAAUAUCUUCCCACGUCAUGUGAAACUUUAAGAUGUAUUAAAUGAAACCAACAGACUAAUGAUAAACUUGACUAGAAUCAGCUGCAGCUCUCGCCGGGCCCUUUUCUUGGUAUUCAGAGGACAAUGCGGUCAAAGGCGCGGCACUAGAUGCCAUAUUUGACACUUCUUCACCGAGAGGAAAAAGAGUUUCACAUUCUGAAUGUUUACUGAAAGGCCUUCAACACCGCGGCCGUGUUAUGGAGUAAGUGGUCCUGGGUCCACUUGAAUUAAAAAAAAAAAACCUUCUCUUUCCAGUGGUUUGGGUAGUGGGUACGGUUUCCAGUAGGCGUGUUUUGCUGGGGGGGGGGGGGCGAGGACAGAGGAGGCUUUUUGUGUUCAGCCGCACAUACUGCAGACUUGUAUUCUGUGAACCGUUCCUCAGCCCGGGACAUGAGCUGCUGCUGCCUCAAGUGUCCCUCUGACCACAGACAGAUUAUCAAAUCCAAUCCAGCAGAGACAUGCUCACUAUUCAGGUCUGUACGGGGAGAGCGAUGACCACCUGCAGCAAGUGAAACUGGUUAUCUAACGUCUCGUGUGGCUUUCAGUAAAUGUCGCGUAAUAUCUGAGGGCCACGUUUUUUCCGUGGAUCAUUUUUGUGGUUGAAGAUAAGAAAAGGGGAACAGACGGCACAAAAGAAGCUGUUGAAAUAAGUGUGCAAGCUAAUUUUGUUGCUGAGCUACACGUUUCUGAUCCUAGCAAGUGGUCAAAUGUGUUAACGUGGCUUCACGGUAAAACAGCACGUAACUCUGUGAGCAAACAGGACGGCCGUCACUGCCCAUCAGAGGGAAAGAACGUUGAGCUCAAAGGGACAAUUGUUUACACUCUUACUACAUUCAUUUGACAGUUUCAGUAACUACGUCUAGUUUAAGAUCAUAAAGAAAACAUAACAUCCAGUUUUAGAGAUUUCAUUUUGGAUGUUAAUAUGUUUUUAAUUGUGUAUAUAUAUGUAAAUCAAAUGGUCUGUGCAACUGUGUACAACAUGGACGCAAAUAUGAUUUAAUACUGAUUCAUAUUGACAUUUACUGAACUAGAACCGAGUGGUUAGAACUAACUGCAAUUUAACUAACUACAACAGUUAAAUGCUACUUAUACUGAUCAUCAAUUUGAUAUUAAUACUGAUUCCAAAAGAUGUUACAAAAAAAACUGUUAUCCAUUAACCGGACUGGUUUAUAAACAGGUUCAUAGUGGUUUUUGCAUGACUUUUAUAACCGUAUGGAAGCAUACACACAUAUAAUUAGCAGCAUUCAAACUGAUAUUACACCUGCUCAAAUGUGACACCAUCUUAUGCUUACUGUGAUUUUGACACAAACCCUCAUCUUGAAUGUCAUAGAUCUGCCCGCCUGGCCUCCUACGACAUGUGCACUACAUCUCCAUCAGCAUGUUCUCUGCAACAUUUCACUCACUUUGUCUAAAGCCUCUACAUCUACAAUCUGUGCUACGUCAGCAUUUCGUUCUGCUGAUGCAUUCGGCUUUGAGUGCGUGGAGGAGAGGAAGGGUGGAUGGUACAAGGCUUCCUGUAUUGCGGCAGCCUCGCGCAUGAGGUGUGGAAACGGACAUACAGUUUGUUUUAAGCUUGCAGAAAUAAAUGUUUCGCAUUGUCGCAGCCUGUCCACCCUCGGGUGCCCGCUGACACAAGACGUGACUUUGAUAGAAAACGAAGGAAGCGGACACAACGGGGAAGGAGUGAAUAGAUUCCCUUUGUGUGGUUGCAUGGAUUGCAAUGGCUGCAUGUGAUGUGAGUUGAGCAAAAAGCUAGCAGGAUCAUAUGACACUAAUUUGCAGUGGAUGCCACGGCUGGUCCGCUUUGACCUUUUAGGACUCUCAGCCUGAGAAAGAAACAGCAACACAGUAACAAAAACACUGCCACUUUCCAACUACUGCAGACGUCCCGUCCUAAAACCGCAUCUCACUUUAGAAUAUCGAAAAGCUUUCACGCCUUCUAUUCUUGUCAAACCACAGAACCAUGUGAACUCAAACCAACGUGACAGCAUAGACACUAAGUCUGACCCCAGCCGCAGGGACGGGUUCACCAUGCGAGAAAAAGUGGAAGCAGGAAAAAAACAGGUUGUAUGUCCUUUGUUUCUUUGUACUUCAAAUGAAAAGUUGUGGCGUUAUAGAAGAAGUUAUGUGUGUAACUACAGUAUUUAUUGCUGGCGACCUGUUUUAUGCGUUUUGACUUUGCAAGGGGUGAAGCUAAUUGUUCCCAGUUUCUAAGCUAAGAUAAUCACUUAAUGCAGUUCUAGAGCCAGUCGCUUUGAUAUUAAACCACCAAUAGUUCACAUGGAAUAAACAUGCAGAACCUGCAGUCUGUAAUAAUAAUAAUGAAAAAAGCAAUAGUUUUUUAGCAAUGUAUUCAAAUGUGUAGACUUAGUAAGUACAAAUUUAAACACAAGGGAAUGUGAUUUUUACUCUGAAGUACAGUGUGGUCUAAAUUGGUUGACAUGUGUUGAAUGAAUGUUUUAUUUUAAGUUUUGUAACACAUAUGAAAUGAAAAAUAAAUGACAGUGUGCAGUU